GAGCUGCUUUGAUGUGACGGGAUUUCUAUGUGUUUGAUGUGCUAAAUACUUGGAAGAUCUGUCAUUUUCGUCACAGAUGAGAUGUUCAAAAUAAUGAGUGGAAUGCCAGUGUUCUACUUGGAUUACAAUUAAAAUCCCCGUGGAUCGUACAAGGAUGAAUGACAGGUGCAUGGCCUAGCAAAGAGAGAUAAUGAACCUCAUAUCAGGAAUUUCAUGUAUAUAGGAGGACCAAUCUUAUAUUGAUGGUGUAAUGAAUAUACCAUUGCAUCAAAUCUCUGUAAUUCCAGCACAGGAUAUUACUUUUUCCAGAGUUUCUAAGAAAGCCAAGAGGAAAGAACAGCCUGCUAAUUCAACCUCUUUUCCUGCUCCUUGCGGCUUCUCUCAGGCAUCUGCUACACCAACCAAUCAGGACAUUUGCAGUUCCAGUGCAGUGUGUUCUGAAUGUUGUCAUCACAGUCCAGUGCAAUCUGCUGUUAUCUUGAAAAAUCUUGUCUGCCAGAAUGCUCUGACUCCAGAGGCCACUGUGACAGUAACCUGUCAGAAUAUGGUGCAGGCUUCCAAGGCAAACUCCCUUGGGCACAAACAUGUCCAUGCUCUCAAGUCUAAGAAUGGAAAAUCCAGCCAUGCUCUGAAAUUCUCCAAGUCUCUCAGUGAUAUGGAUCAGAAGGCUCAGAGUGCAAUUCACAGCUUUAGCUGCGUGGAACGAACAUGUUCAGAAGGCAGACUUACCCAAAUGCAAGAGCAGUGUUUAAGACUUAAUGUAUGUCAUAAAGAGAAGAAACCAUUCAGCCUCAGGCCCUUCACUGUUAGCAAUUCCAGACUCUCGUAUUUCUGGUCUCUUUCGACAAAUUACUCAAGCACUUCUCUGGCUACUGGUACCCAUAGUGCUGUACACAUUCCUCUCCUGGAGGACAAGUAUGGCAACAAAAUAUCCCAGAGUAAAAAUUGGUUGCAGUACCUUUUCUCCUUUCCUCAUACUUCCAGUGCAAGCAGUCACGAACUGGAUAACAAGUCAAGCUGUCUCCAGCCAGAGAAAUCAUCCAGUGGUAUGGUAGAGAGCACAGGUUUCUGUUCAGAUGACAUGGGAGAUGAUGAUGUCUUUGAAGACAACUCUGUGAGGCUGAAAAUGACAGCACUGCGGGCACCGCUCUGCUCGGCUGAAAAGGAUAGUGAUCUAGACUGCCCUUCCCAAUUGUCAGAAAAUUUCCCUCCACUUUCCCCUGUGUCUAUGUCUGGAGAUGCCUGCAGGAUCUGCCAUUGUGAAGGAGAUGAUGAGAGCCCACUAAUUACUCCCUGUCAUUGCACAGGAAGCCUUAAUUUUGUCCAUCAGGCUUGUCUGCAGCAGUGGAUCAAGAGCUCAGAUACCCGUUGCUGUGAACUCUGCAAAUAUGAAUUCAUCAUGGAGACCAAAUUGAAACCUUUAAGAAAAUGGGAGAAGCUGCAGAUGACAGGCAGUGAACAAAGAAAGAUCAUGUGCUCUGUAACUUUCCAUAUCAUUGCUAUCACUUGUGUGGUGUGGUCACUCUAUGUCCUCAUAGACCGGACUGCUGAAGAAAUUAAACAGGGGGAAUCCACUGGUAUUCUAGAGUGGCCAUUUUGGACUAAGCUAGUGGUAGUAGCUAUUGGUUUCACCGGUGGAAUUCUCUUCAUGUAUGUUCAAUGCAAAGUCUAUAUACAGCUUUGGAAAAGACUUAAAGCUUAUAACCGUGUGAUAUAUGUACAGAACUGUCCAGAAACAAGCAAAAAGAACAGAUUAGAAAAACCUGAUACUGAACAUGCAAGUAUCCUUACAAGCCAUCAUACAGAGACUAUCAAUUCAAAUUGCACAGAAACUGAAAAUCUGAAUGCUAACAUUCUUCAUAUCUGACAUAAUGUUUUUUCUUGAAGAUUUGGAUCAGCAUUAUUUACUGUUUUCAGAUAUUUAAAGCCAGUUAAGACUGUUAGAAUUAUUUUUCUUUACCAGAGCAGCAAAUCUGAAGAUAAAUUGAAGAAAGUGCUGCUUGGGUGACAUAUAUAUGAAGUUGAACAUUAUUCUCUAUACAUUUUAAAUAAUUUCAAAAUAAGUUUUUGAAGUCUUUAUUUUUUCAUCAAUCAUUCUCAAAUAUGUCUUGUUAAGAAUUAAAAUGUCUGUUUUCACUACUAUAUGAAACAACUAAAUGAGGCACUUAGGAGCAAAAACACAAUGUUUUUAUAUAAACAUUUUAUUGUACAUACUUCUCUAGUGUACAAGGCCCUGGUUACAACUCUUCAUGUUGUAAGUCCUAUGUAGUUCUAGUAUUGCUGUAAAGAAUUUGCCUAAACUGUAUUGUGAACCGUAUCUCACUCAGGGUAGGGAGUGUCAAAGCAUGAAGCACUUUUAAUUGUUUUUAUAUUAUAACAAAUUUGAAACAAUCUCAGUUCAGUGUGUUCCUCUGACUUACUGAAACCACAUUAAUAUGUAGGCCUAACCAUUUGCCUUAAAACAACAAGGGUUGUACUAAAAAGUCCCUCAAAUGUUCGUAAGUCUAAUAAUAAAUCUUUUCUUGACA